CGGGCAGCUCCCGGGCGCAGGGCGGGGACGGAAGGGACCCAGGGAGAACGGAGGGCGCCAGCAUCUGCGUCCAGCACGGGGCGCGCAGGAACCAGGUACCUUCAUCAUCGGCCGAGUCUGCUGCACCCUGGGCCUCCAGUUCCUGGUCUGCAAGGGCCCCUGUUGCUGGUGACCUUCCCCUGAGCUCCAUGCUGACACCCUGUGUGAAGGAAGAGUCUUUGGAUGCCCAGAAGCUGAGCAGGACCCCAGGCCUGGCUGCAGGACUCUUCCUCUACCCCGUCCUCCAGCCUGCUCACAGACUGCUCUGCCAUGACCACAGCACGGUACCGGCCCACCUGGGACUUGGCCCUCGACCCCCUGGUGUCCUGCAAGCUGUGCCUCGGGGAGUACCCAGUGGAGCAGAUGACCACCAUCGCCCAGUGCCAGUGCAUCUUCUGUACCCUGUGCCUGAAACAGUAUGUGGAGCUCUUGAUCAAGGAAGGGCUCGAAACUGCAAUCAGCUGCCCAGAUGCUGCAUGUCCCAAGCAGGGCCACCUGCAGGAGAACGAGAUCGAAUGCAUGGUUGCGGCUGAAAUAAUGCAAAGAUACAAAAAGCUACAGUUUGAAAGAGAGGUGCUUUUCGAUCCCUGCCGGACAUGGUGCCCGGCAUCCACCUGCCAGGCUGUGUGCCAGCUCCAGGACCUGGGGCUGCAGACGCCGCAACUGGUGCAAUGCAAGUCAUGUCACAUGGAGUUCUGCUCGGCCUGCAAAGCUCGCUGGCAUCCCGGCCAAGGCUGCUCGGAGACCAUGCCUAUCACCUUCCUGCCAGGGGAGACCAGCUCCGGGUUUAAGCUGGACGAGGACACCGCGCCCAUCAAACGUUGCCCCAAGUGCAGGGUGUACAUCGAGCGGGACGAGGGGUGUGCACAGAUGAUGUGCAAGAACUGCAAACAUGCCUUCUGCUGGUACUGCCUGGAGUCCCUGGACGACGACUUCCUCCUGAUCCACUAUGACAAAGGACCCUGCCGCAACAAGCUGGGCCACUCCCGGGCUUCAGUGAUCUGGCACCGGACACAGGUUGUGGGCAUCUUCGCUGGAUUUGGGCUCCUGCUUCUGGUGGCGUCCCCCUUUCUUCUUCUGGCCACUCCCUUUGUGCUCUGCUGCAAGUGCAAGUGCAGUAAAGGUGACGAUGACCCACUGCCCACCUAGAGGAAUGGACAAUGCAGGAAGGAGACCUCUGCUUCCAGAAAGUGUGGCCCCCGUCCCACCCUCACUGUCCCCCUCUCUCUAAACAUUUUUCUUGCCUUACGUGCCCCAUUGA